AUGAGCAAGGUCAAAGCACCAAAAUCGAAGGGCAUACCGAACAAGCACCUGCAUGCCCGCUCUACUUUUCUCUAUCAGGCAGCCACAUACCUGACUCUGCGAACGGCCACCCAAGACGAUAUUACGAUUGAUGUCGCACAAGACAAAGAAAGUGGCUCUCACGAUGUGUUCGAGACCCAGCGACGUUCACCGCUCGCACUCGAGCUUGGAUCUGAUCUCCAGCAAGUAUCGCGAAAAGGUCAGCUACGACUCGCUAUCGACUUGAAGCGAUCCAUGUGCAAAAGUUGCAACACCGUUCUCGUUCCUGGACACACUGUUGUUCAGACCAUCGAAAACCCUAGCAAAGGUGGCAAGAAGCCCUGGGCAGAUGUGCUUGUCGUUGCUUGCCUUGUCUGUGGCGGCAAGAAGAGAUUUCCAGUAGGCGCAACGAAACAACUUAAGAAGGUUAAAAGGAGGACCACUCAUACAACGUCGUUGUCGAAAACUGCUUCAGAGGAUGACCGACGCUCAGACACUACCUUUGUAACGGGUACUAACUGA